UGGUGUUACAUGACACAUUACACAAAUUAGACUGAACUACGUAAAAAACAACACAGAGGAAAAGAAACACACACACAACAACUACACUAAAUUACACACCAAUCUAGGACUACAUAAAGUGCACAAAACAGUGCAGACAUUAUAUACGUGACAAUAGGGCAAUAAGGUGUCAGUCCAGGCGCUGGGUAUUGUGGAUUCUGAUAGCUUGGGGGAAGAAACUGUUACGUAGUCUGGCCGGGAGAGCCCGAAUGCUUCGGUGCAUGUUCCCAGCUGGCAGGAGGGAGAAGAGAUUGUAUGAGGGGUGCAUGGAUCCUUUAUAAUGCUGCUGGCUUUACGGAUGCAGCGUGUGGCGUAAGUGUCCGUGAUGGCGGGAAGAGAGACCUCGAUGGUCUUCUCAGCUGGCUUCACUAUAUGCUACAGGGUCUUGCGGUCUGAGAUGGUGCAAUUUCCGAACCAGGCAGUGGUGCAGCUGCUCAGGAUGCUCUCAAUACAACCCCUGUAGAAUGUGAUGAGGAUGGGGGGUGGGAGAUGGACUUUCCUCAGCAUUCGCAGAAAGUGGAGACGCUGCUGGGCUUUCUUUUCUGUGGAGCUGGUGUUGUGGGACCAGUUGAGAUUCUCAGCUAGAUGUACACCAAGAAAUUAGUUUUGUUCACAGUCAGAGACAGGCUGCUGGCUCUGCACCAGUCCGUUAGCUGCUGCACCUCCUCUCUGUAAGCUGACUUGUCGUUCUUGCUGUGUGUUGCAGCACAGUCGUGGGUCAGCAGAGUGAACAGCAGUGGUCUGUGCACACAGCCAGAGGGAGACUCCGUGCUCAGUGUGAUGGUGUUGGAGAUGGAGAAUUAAUCCAAUUUUGUAUCUGUAGGCAGGUUCAAGACAUGGUUUUUUGUUGAGUUGGGUGAGAACGGUGGAGACGAGGGAUAUCUGAGUUCACGCCUACAUUUACCUUUUUAUAUUCACAGAGCCAGAGUUUACAAUCUCCGACCUCCUGGCAGAGGGGGAGGAAUAUCGACUGUACCAACUGACAAAGUUCUACAGGGACAGACUCAAACAAGCAAUUGAAGAAAAGGUUGAGAGACUCGGUUUGAUGUUGACAAAGGAGGGACAUUUCAGUAGAGAAGAAAAUGAGAAAGUCACUGAGCUGAUAGAGAAGGGAAACCGGGCAGAGAGUUCCAGACUCUUCCUCAGUCUGGUGAAUGGCAAAGGCUCCCGGGCCCGGAGGGCGAUGUGGGAAUCCUUUCUGAUGUGGAGGACUGAGUUACCGAAGUUGGACAGAAUACUGAGGGAAAUACAGGAACUCGGUCCUGAUCCACAGGAAUACAUGAACAUCGCCCAAGGUUUAUCUGAAUUACCCACUCAGCUGAUAGAUGUUCAACAGAAACACAAGGAGACUCUGCGGGCACAAACUGAAACACUGAGAGUGAACACGAUCCUGAUGACGGAGAAGGUGAAGGUUUUCCAGCUGGCUGAUCGAUACGCUGAGCUCACGGUCAUUUCUACUGUUCGAGAUCGGACACUGGUGGAACAUGAGCUGCUGGCAAGAGGCAGACACCAUGAGGAUUAUAGAGAGAAACAACUCCGCAGACAGCUGGAAAAAAUCCGGACUGAUCAGUUAUUCCAGAGCAGCUUUUCCCGGAGUAAAUCCAAGUCUGGGAGUUCAGCAGCAGUGGCCGGAGUCCCGGGGAUCGGGAAAACAACGAUGGUACAAAAGAUUGUUUAUGACUGGGCCAUGGGGAAAAUAUACCAACAGUUCCAGUUUGUCUUCAGUUUCAAAUUCCGAGAUUUAAACAGUAUUGACUGUCGAAUAAACCUGAAGGAACUGAUUCUGGAUCAGUAUCCUUACUUUGGGAAUAUCCUGAGAGAAGUCUUGAAGAACCCAGAGGGAUUGCUGUUUAUAUUCGAUGGUUUAGAUGAAUUCAAACACAAAAUCGAUUUUGCGGACAGUCGGAGAGAUACAGAACCAAAGCACCAGUGCCCAGAUCCCGAGUGGUGGUGUGAAGUGUCGGACAUUGUGUACAGUUUAAUCCAGGGCAAGCUGCUCCCAGGGUGUUCAGUGCUGGUGACCACUCGCCCCACUGCGUUACAUUUAUUGGAAAAGGCGAAUAUCAGUGUCCGGGCUGAAAUCCUGGGAUUUGUUGGUGAGGAACGGAAGGAAUAUUUCAUCAGACAUUUUGAAGAUCAGACGGUGGCCGAAGCUGUUUUCAAUUAUGUGAAGGAGAACGAGAUCCUGUACACCAUGAGCUACAACCCCUCCUACUGCUGGAUCCUCGCUCUGGCACUAGGCCCCUUCUUCACACAAAGAGUCAGGGACCCACAGCGAGUUCCCAAGACCAUCACCCAACUGUACUCCUACUAUAUUUACAACAUCCUGAAAAACCACGGCCGUGAGAUUGAGAGACCCCGUGAUGUGUUACUCAGGGUUGGUCAGUUGGCCUUCAGAGGAGUGUCCGGGAAGAAGAUUGUGUUUACAGAUGGAGAUUUGAUCAAGUACAAUCUUCAGCCUUCCCAGUUCCUGUCCGGGUUCCUGAUGGAGCUUUUGGAGAGAGAGGAUUCUGCCCAGAGCGUGGUGUACACAUUCCCACACCUCACCAUCCAAGAGUUUGUAGCUGCAGUCGCACAAUUCCUGAAUCCACAUCCCGGGGAUAUCCUGAAAUUCCUCACUGAAGCCCACAACACGACAGAUGGGCGAUUUGAGAUAUUUCUCCGUUUUGUUGCUGGUCUCUCCUCUCCAAUGACAGCUCGGGGCCUGGUGGAGUUUCUGGGUCCAUUUCCUCAUGAAACAACCUGCCGGGUGAUUGACUGGGUGAAGGAGGAGGUUAAACGUCAGAUUGGAAACACAGGGAUAACAGCUGGUAAAAGGAGCCUCCUGAACACAUUGCACUACCUGUUUGAGUCUCAGAAUCGUGGACUGGCUCAGGAAACACUGGGAUCUGUGGAAACACUUUCAUUCAGUGGAAUGACACUGACCCCGAUUGACUGUGCGGUCCUGUCUCAUGCCAUCGGACUCUGUGAUACAAUAAAACACCUCGACCUGGGGAACUGCCGCAUUGAGUGUGAGGGAAUCCAGCGGCUGGGACCCGGGCUGCACAAGUGCCAGGAGUUGAGGUAACUUGAUUUAUCUCUCACUCGGAACUGUGAAACUGUUCUAUUGUGUCAUUUCAAUGUAAAGAGAUUUGGGUUAAACUGUGAUAAAUCAGAUUGUGAAGAAUUGUGACAAAUGCCCAGGGGAUCGGUCAGCAAUUCCCCAAGGACAGGAGGGUUCUGUGGUUCCUUGUGAAGGGAUGUUGGAGACUUCAUCAGAUCAGUGAACAACGGCCAUUGGUUUAAUGGUAGUAAAUCACAGGAAUGGCCGUGUUUCCUGCUGCCUGUGACACGUCCAUUGACAAUGUUCCUUCUCACUGUUACUGACACCCAGACCAACACUGACUGCAGGAGGUGGGUCAAAGAUUCACACCCCCUUCCCGGUGAGGGACAAGAGGCCGUCUGCAGACUGUCCCAGUGAGAAGGAAAGAAAUACCAUUGUGAGAUUGCCCUCCCCUGCCCUUUCCUGUUUGUGACUUUGCUCACUACCAGAUACACAGAGAGCGAGGCCGCAUCUCCUCUGGGUCUCUGUUCAGACCCAACACACGCGUACAAAAAUUCCCCUUCCUCCUUUCGGAUCUCUCUUCCAAUCCCCCUUCCUCCUGUGGGAUAUCUCUGCCU